AUGUCCGAGUCCAAGAGAUUGGAGAUCCCUCGCGAUGUCCAUGACCAGCCCUUGAUGGUCACUCUCUUCACCAUCGGAGUGUGCGUGGGCUGGCUCACUAACUACCUCGCAAUGAUUCAGAAGUCAUUCCAGGACAAGUCCUACGGCAUGCCGCUGGUUGCCCUUAGCUGCAAUAUCGCCUAUGAAAUGGUAUACGUGCUGUAUCCCAUCGACGCCCCAGUUUGGCCGAUUGUCUUCGUCCUCUGGCUGGCUCUGAACCUGGUGGUCUGCUACACUACCCUGCGAUUCGCCCCCAAUGAAUGGGUACAUGCGCCUCUGGUCCAGCGGAACCUACUCUGGAUAUUUGUUGUUAGUAUUGCCUGUUGGAUGACAGCACAUCUGGCGUUCAAGGCCCAACUUGGACCCGUCCUGGCAGCAGCCUGGAGUGCCAUGUUCUGCCAGGUGUUUCUCAGUGCCGCGAGUCUCUGGCAACUGAUGGUCCGAGGGAGUAGCCGUGGGACCUCCCUUUUUAUUUGGUUCAGUCGCUUCAUGGGAACUGCGAUUGUCUUACCCCAGGAAAUUCUGCGGUAUAAGCAUAAGGAUCCGACCGUGGUAUGGAACAAUCCCAUGGGCUGGUGGGGCGCAGCAGCUUUCUUUGUAUUAGAUAUUUCCUAUGGGAUCCUUCUCUGGAAGAUCCUACGAUCCGAGAGGACAGUGGCAGUGAAGUCUGGGGGAAAGGGCAGACUCGAGUCGAACAAAGCAGAGUGA